UAAAAUAAUAAUUUAUUUGGAACAUUUGUUCGAAGGUAAGGAGGAAAAGGGAAAUGUUAUAUUCAUCUACGGAGUGCGAGUGGGAAGUGCAUUCCGCGUAACUAGUGGGAAAGGAAGAAAAAAGAAAAUUCUGUUUUCUCUUUUAAUCAGCGGUCUCCUCUGUUUCCUUCCAACGCAAAGAGGGAGCAAAAUCGUCGCCUUAUCCCCUUUCUGUAUUUCCUCAAUCGAUUUCCGCCAUGGGAGGAGGCAAUGGUCAGAAGGCUAAGAUGGCUCGUGAGAGAAACUUGGAGAAACAAAAAGGCGCCAAGGGAAGCCAGCUUGAUUCCAACAAAAAAGCUAUGACUAUUCAGUGCAAGGUGUGCAUGCAAACAUUCAUGUGUACAACCUCGGAGGUGAAAUGUAGGGAGCAUGCUGAAGCAAAACACCCCAAAUCUGAUGUUUUCACCUGUUUCCCCCAUCUUCAAAAGUGACAAUUCUACAUUCAAACUGAAUGAGAGAUGGGUUGUUUUCUUAUUCAAGGUGUGUGUUUACAGAACAUAAUAUAUCAAAUCUGUACUUUUGAUCUGAUACACUGUGACUUGCUAUACUUCUGCAUGCUACAAUGUGUUACAGCCUGCUUAAAUCGAUGUUUGCAAAACAGCUAAGUUUCUGUAUGUCACAAUUAACUUGGUUAGGUUUUCAAGUUUUAUUAAUGAAGUGGUGCGAUGUGAAUUACUAGGUC